AUGUGGCGGGGCGCGGCCGCGGCGCUGCUGGGCCUGGCCGCCGCCUGCCUCCUGCGCCGCGGGUUCGAGCCCCGCGCCCGCCUGCUCAGCGCCGCCGAGCUGCGCCGCUACCGGGGGGCGCCGGGCGAGCCCGGGCUCUACCUCGCCCUGCUGGGACGGGUCUUCGAUGUGGAGCGGGGCCGCAAGCACUAUGGGCCCGGCGGCGCGUACAGCGGGUUCGCAGGCAGAGAUGCCACCAGAGCGUUUGCCAGCGGCGACUUCACCGCGGCGGGGCUGGUGGACACCGUGUCGGGGCUGUCACCCGCGGAGCUGCUCUCCAUCCACAGCUGGCUGAGCUUCUACAGCGACAACUACGAGCCCGUGGGGAAGCUGGUGGGCAGAUUCUAUGAUGAAAAUGGGGCACCGACAGAAGCCCUGAGGGAGGUGGAGGCUGCCAUUGAGGAAGCUCUCAAACUGCAAGCACAAAGUGAUCAGAAGAAGCAGCAGUUCCCACCCUGCAACUCUGAAUGGAGCUCUGCUAAAGGCACACGGUUCUGGUGCUCCAGACAGAGCGGGGGAGUGCAGCGAGCCUGGGCCGGGGUCCCGCGGAAGCUGCACCGCCCCGGCUCGCAGGGCACGCAGUGCGUGUGUGUCAGGAGCUCCGGGCCGCCCUGGGGCCAGCCUGGCUCCUCCCAGCACAGCGACAGAGGCGACCUGGAUCACCCUCAGCUGCAGCAGUACGAGGGCUGCCAUCCCCUGGCCGAGCAGUGUGUCCUCCUCACGGGCUGACUGCAGUGAACCCUUGCACUGUGGCUGGGCAGCUCCAGCUCCAUCCCUCCCACCUGCCCAUGCAAAGGCAGCAGUAACAAUCUCAUGUUAUUUGUGAUGCUUUGUAACAUGUGGAGAUGGAGGAAACGCUUCAGCAACAUUAGUGGCUAAAAAAUCAAGUAACAGGAUGCUUUCUUUAUUUCUAUGGGAAGCAUUUCUGCACCUGGGAACAAAUUGUUAGAUGCACAGCCUGAAUUGUAUUUUAGAACUGCUUCUUGUGCAGUCAGGAACUGGAUGUUUGUGUGCACAGUGGUGGGACAGUGUGCUGUGGUUUAAGGCAUGAGGUCAGUGAGCACAGGAACUGCUGCAGCAUCACUGCCCACAGUCCAUGCAGUCCUCAGGCCCUGCUGCAGGCAAUGCUGAUGCUCCUUCCCAGGCACCUGACUCACUCCCAAGAGUUUAAAGGUAGCAGGGAGAACCCUGAAUUUCUUCUGCAAUUAAGGUCCACAGUAUCAGGAACUUGCACAGUUUAGUUACACACAAGCUUUAUCAAAUUCUUGGAGUAGAGAAGGCAAAGGCCAGAGCUGUAUUUCCUCACUCAGUGUUUGCAUUAGAUACUGUACCCAGAUAUUGAAGGCACCUGUGAGGAUUGUUGUUUGAUAUUAACCUCACUGUCCUGGUCUGUGAUUCACCACUUUCAAACUGUUCUGAUCAGGAAAGAGUAGUUUUAAAUAGCUUUCUUUUUGUGACUUGGGUGGCAACAGAACCAUCCUACUGUAAUCUGCCUCCUGUUUCCAUUCUGGUACAAGACUUCCUCCCAUCUGGUCUGUGCCUAUCAGACUAUAACCUGAGCUGGAUGUGCCCUUACAAGACCCAGCACUCUAAAAAUCCAUAUUUAGUGUGUCACAGCUGGCAGAAUUCAGCAGUGUGACUCCCAGAAAUGCAGAGCAGGUCAUUACCCUCUCUGGGUGGGUCUAAAAGGGAGGAAGGAAUACCUGCACUACAAACCUCAAGCUCCUGGGAAGCAGUUGCUGGUUUUAAUGGAAUCUGCUGUUAAAAUCAGUUUUGGUGGAGCAGAACUUUGAGAGAGACACCCAGUUUAGGGUCCAGUGGUGGCACAGGUCCCUGCUGAGUUGUGGUCAGUUCUUAAGGCAGCUGCCACCUAUGUAUAAGCAGCUGGAAAGCGUUUAUAAACUGAUUUUUAGCUAUCACCACCUCUAAAGAGAGGCCCAAAAUCUAAGUGAUGAGUUAGUUAAUUAGCAAGUUUACAGGAGGCACCAUUCACUCCCUUGCAGCAGGACACAUUACAGCACUUCUCACUGAUAACAGCUCAGAGGAUGCUACAGCUGCCAGGGAUGGAGCCACACAAAUUUAAACAUGCACAUGCUUGUAACAGUGGUGGGGCAUGGGGGUUGUGGUUUUAUUUUGGGGGUUUUUAACCUACCAUCAUCCUGAAGAGAAGCUCUUGCAGGCAUUGCCCUGCUGUGCCAGCUCAUGUCACUCGGGGGAGCAGGAUGUGUGGCAGAACCAAACCUCAGCCCUGGGCUUGAGCCAUCUCUGGGGGUGGAAUGAGCAACUCAUUUCACACAGUGCUGAGGAUCAAGCUUUGUAAAAGGUGCAGGAAAGAGCUGCAAAGCAGCACUUCACUGCCUCCACAACUUUGUCCUUUGCCACAUUUAAAAAGACACCACCACUUUAAAAAGAAAUUGCAUUUAAAGUAGUGAAACCAUCCCCCCAAAUGAUUGGCAGGUGCCUUUAAAAGAGCUUUUUAAAGCUAUUUAAAAGUUGCAGCAAAUUCCAGACUAUUAAAUGCUGUAAGUAGUUUGUGAGGGCAAACCAAUCCCAGUGAAGGUGGACCAGCUUGACCUUCUAAGCAAGUUUCAUCUUGCUGUAACACUCAAUUGCUAUGCAAAAAGUGCUGAGGGGAUGGUUUUGAUUGCAAGAGCUACACAAAAAUCAAAUAAACUGCUGCAAAAAGGCAGGGCAGGAAGGUGUUAGUUCAAGUUAAAGUUGGUUGAAAACCAGUUCACAGCUUAUUCCAGUUUAGGGUUUGGAAACACUAGGGAGGGUUUGCCUUGCACUAGGAAUAAACAAUCUAUUAAGGCAAACAAGGAGACACUCUUCACUGACCUGAAGUGCUGUCAUGUUUGUAACUCCAACUGAGCAGCUCAGCUGGAUUCUCCCAUGGUGGAAAAGGGUGGGAAAAAAACAGUGAUAGUUACAGAGGGCUCAAGUUACCACAGACAGUGCUCUAAUAAAGCUCACCAUUCAUCUGUACUUCAGAAAGUUUUAUUAAUAAAAGACUAAUGCAUCACAAUCUCACCCAGAAGUCUUGGCUGGGUUUGCUAUUGCACUGAAGUUUUCCUUCUGAAGUGAAGCUGCAGCAGCUCUCUGCUCUCCCAGGGGACUGAGCUGCCUCCAGUACACAGCUGAGUGCACCCAGUGUUAGGAACUUGAACUGAUGAACUCCAUGAAGCAGCUCUGGCCCGUGGGGAGCUCGAUUUGUUUCACAAGACUGAUUAUAGGUAAGUCUAGUAUAAGGCAUUCAAGAUGACUGCGUGGUACAAACUAGAACACCAGACCUUGACAGCCAAAACAACAUGUAGCAGUUCCACAACAUGAAAAUGAAUACCUGGACUAAUUUCAGAACAAAGAAUAAAGUUGUUGUGCCCAAUUGAA